UUUUCUACAUUUCACGCUAGUUCUGUGUGUUUCUGGGAUAUUUUACGUUGUUUUUAUAGACCGCAAGCAAGAGCACCAGAAAUGGGAGACCGCAAUCAUGAUCCCGGUAUUAUGGACAAAUCGUUGCGAUCGGUGUUUGUGGGCAACAUUCCCUACGAUGCCACGGAGGAAGCGCUGAAGGAGAUAUUCUGCGAGGUUGGCUUGGUUCUUUCGAUGAAACUGGUGUACGACCGAGAAUCGGGUAAACCGAAAGGGUACGGCUUUUGCGAGUACAAAGAUAAGGAAACGGCACUGAGUGCGAUGCGGAACCUGAACGGGUACGUUUUCGGCGGCCGCCCGUUAAGAGUCGAUAAUGCUUGUACCGAAAAGUCGCGUAUGGAGAUGGCAGCCCUUUUGCAUGGCCCACGGGCGGAGAGCCCGUACGGUGAACACUGUCCACCGCAGCAUGCUCCGGAGGUCAUAACGAAGCACGUGAGCAGCCUACCUCCGGAGCGACUGCACGAGAUGAUGCUUCAAAUGAAGCAACUCAUCCAAACCAGCCCUUUCGAUGCACGCCACUUGCUAAUGCAGAAUCCACAGCUGGCGUACGCUUUACUGCAGAUCCAGGUCUUGACUAAAGCCAUCGAUCCGGUAGCGGCGUACUCCUUGCUCGUCAAAGCGCAAUCGUCCACUUCGUCGAACAAUUUCGGCGAACCAUUCCACCCGGUACAGCAGCCGCCCAUGCCAAACAGCAACUCCCAGUACAUGCCACCGUUCGGGGCCAAUGGAAACCCUGAGUUUCGACCAAACGCUGAUCCGCGACUGGGGCGACAACAAGCCGGGGCGAAUGCGAAUGAUUACGAUCCCCGUACGCGCUUUGCGAGUGGGACAAUGGGUGGUCAGUCCGCUCAGCGGCCACCACCAAUGCCGCAAAACGCCCCAUUUCCUACCGAUCCACGCCAGCGCCCAGUUGAUCCUCGCAUGGGCAAGGAUCCUCGUUUGGCUGCUGCACCCGGCGGACACUUUGGAGCAAAUGCCACUGCGGCGCAGGUGGCCGGUGCAGUAAUUGGAAGGGUCGGACAGCCUCCGAGCGCUGCGUCCCUGUCGGCCGCAUCGUCCGGAUUGAAUCUGGAUCCCCUGCCGAGCGAUGCAACGGACCAGGAGAAGGCCGCUCUCAUCAUGCAGGUAUUGCAGCUUUCGGACGAACAGAUCAAUCUGUUGCCGCCGGAGCAACGUAACAGUAUCCUGGUUCUGAAGGAACAGAUUGUUCGCAGUACGCAAAUCAGAUGAAGUGUGUUGGUGCACUGUUUGAUGUAAAACGGAAGAUAUUG